AUGAUGAUUUCAGUGUCCAAAAUUUUGUCCUUAGUUCCGAUUUUACUAAUUAUUUUUGUUGCUUUGCAAUUCGCAGAUGGUAAAGCUGAAUAUGUUGCCAUUGAUGGCUUUCCUCCAAUCUUUCCACCAAGAGUUCAUGUAUUCAUUAAUAACAACAUAAGCAAUACUGCACUUGGAGUUCACUGUAAAGACAAAAACAAUGAUGCCGGCUUUCGUUCGAUAAAUUUUGGAGGAACUUACACGUUUGAUUUUAAACCAAAUAAAUUUGUUCAAUCAAGCUUAUGGUUUUGUCGAUUUUCAUGGGGUAAUGAAUUUCAAUACUUUGAUAUUUAUGUCCAAAAACGUGAUGUCAAUCUUUGUGUGAAAGAAUGUCAUUGGGCAAUAAUUAAAUCUGGAGCAUGUAGGAUUAUAGACGGUUCUUCAGAAUGUUUUCCUUGGAAUCCAAAAGUUGUUACGGAACACUGA